AGUUUACCAUAUUCGUUUUAAAUUUCAAAAAGUUUAUCAUUUUUGCACUUGCCAUUUCAUUUUUUUGAAGGCGGGCAGCUUUCAUAUCCAUCUUUCUCUCAUUUUCCUUUUGCUUUUGCUCUGCUGGUGAUACAAGAUGGCUGACGGUGAGGAUAUUCAACCACUUGUAUGCGAUAAUGGAACUGGAAUGGUUAAGGCUGGAUUUGCUGGUGAUGAUGCUCCAAGGGCUGUGUUCCCUAGUAUUGUGGGUCGUCCACGUCACACUGGUGUGAUGGUCGGCAUGGGUCAGAAAGAUGCAUAUGUUGGGGAUGAGGCUCAGUCCAAGCGUGGUAUUCUCACUCUCAAGUAUCCAAUUGAACAUGGUAUUGUUAACAACUGGGAUGAUAUGGAAAAGAUUUGGCAUCACACCUUUUACAAUGAACUUCGUGUGGCUCCUGAAGAACACCCGGUUCUUCUCACUGAAGCACCUCUCAACCCGAAAGCCAAUCGUGAGAAAAUGACCCAAAUUAUGUUUGAAACCUUCAAUACUCCUGCCAUGUAUGUUGCUAUUCAGGCUGUUCUCUCCCUCUAUGCAAGUGGUCGAACAACUGGUAUUGUUCUGGACUCUGGAGAUGGUGUAAGUCAUACUGUCCCCAUUUAUGAAGGAUAUGCGCUCCCACACGCCAUUCUCCGACUUGACCUGGCUGGCCGUGACCUUACUGAUGCCCUUAUGAAAAUCUUGACUGAACGUGGUUAUUCAUUCACCACUACGGCUGAGCGUGAAAUUGUGAGGGACGUGAAGGAGAAGCUGGCAUAUAUUGCACUUGAUUUCGAGCAAGAGCUGGAAACUUCCAAAACUAGUUCUUCCAUUGAGAAGAGCUAUGAGUUGCCUGAUGGCCAGGUGAUCACAAUUGGUGCUGAGCGUUUCCGUUGCCCAGAAGUCCUUUUCCAGCCUUCCAUGAUCGGAAUGGAAGCCGCUGGCAUUCAUGAAACGACAUACAAUUCUAUAAUGAAGUGCGAUGUUGAUAUCAGGAAGGAUUUGUAUGGAAACAUUGUUCUCAGUGGUGGAACCACAAUGUUCCCGGGAAUUGCUGACAGAAUGAGCAAGGAAAUCACAGCCUUGGCCCCAAGCAGCAUGAAAAUUAAGGUGGUAGCUCCACCUGAAAGGAAAUACAGUGUCUGGAUUGGAGGCUCCAUCUUAGCAUCUCUCAGUACUUUCCAGCAGAUGUGGAUUGCGAAGGCAGAGUAUGAUGAAUCUGGCCCAUCUAUUGUGCACAGGAAAUGCUUCUAAUGCUUCAGAAUGCAAAAAGGCCUAAAGUAAUUAAUGUCUUGGUUUUUUCUUUUUCUUUUUUUGGCUAAACGAUUUCAGGCUCCUAAGUUCUUAAACCAUUGCUGUUUUUUAAAAUUUUCUCCUCUUUCAUUUCCUUCUAUUUCUAAGAGUUUCUUGAUGAUAAUAGUCGAAAAAAAUGAACUACAAGAGAUUAUGGUAGAUUUCAAAUUCCUUUUUUAUGCCCUUUAGCAGUUCUUGAACGAUUUUGAUUCAACGCCAAUUUUUUUUCUCUUUUCUCUUCUGUAUUUUCUUUAGUUUCUUCAUGCUCUUUUAAAUCUCCCUUUUGGUUGAUUUUUUUUAAAUUUUUUUUUUGUUAUUUAAGAAUGUUUGUAAGCGCUUUGUGGUAUGAUUAAGGAAAUAUUUACAAUAAAUGUACUUUUAAUUAUUGUUGAUUUAAAGUAA